AUGGCGAUGAAGAGCGGCUUCAGGUUUUGCGCUUCCAAGCUACUGGGUUCUUCUCCUUCGGUUACUCCCAAAUCAGUGAAUAGGGGAAUUCACUCGACGAGUGUGAAGAAUAUGGGAGGAGGACACGGGCAUGACGAGCCCUACUACCUUCACGCAAAGCACAUGUACAACUUGGACAGGAUGAAAAACCAGAAACUCACGAUGACUCUCGGUGUUCUUACUGCAUUCAGCAUUGGUGUUGGUGUCCCCAUUUUUGCAGUCGUCUUUCAGCAAAAGAAGACUGCUUCUGCAUAA